CUGAUCCUGAAAAAAGAUUAGAUAUCUAUGUAGAUGGUGAAUGGGUUGGAUUCUAUUGCAUUCAAAAUGUUAAAACACAAAAAGUCAUCUUUAAUAAUGGACCAUUUUAUGUUGGAAGAAGUACUACCCAUCAUAUUGGGUUUAGUGGUGAAAUCUGCAAUGUACGUUACUUCAAUUGGCGUUUAUCUGCUGAGGAAGUAAAGGAAGAUUUUUUUAUGUUUAACCUUUUUUUAUUAAAAAAGGAUGAAUUUCAAAAAAAACCAAUUGUAUACGGAUCGAGAAUUGCUCUUGUACAUGUAUCUACUAGAAAAUAUUUAUCUACUAAAAAAAUCCAAUAUGACUUGGGCCCAGAUAAUCAACAAUAUAUGGUUAUUUGUAAUAGACCAGAAAGAGAUUUGGAAAAUGAUGUUUGGACCAUUAUUGGAGCCAAUGGUACAAGCAUAAGUGAAGGAACUCCUGUGUCUCUUAAUACUAUUAUUGGAUUUAAACAUCAAGCAAUAGGACAUAAUUUACAUUCUCAUGAUACGAGCUAUGACAAAGUUACACCAAUAUCAAAGCAGCAACAAGUGACCAUGUGUUCACAUGUAAAUAUUGACGAUGAUUGGCUUAUUCGACGUUAUAAUACAAAUACAACUUCUUAUGAUGACACUGGUCAUUUAAUGGAUGGUGAUAACAUCAGUCUUUUUCACAUUAGCACUAAUAAACCAGCACUUUGCAGUCAUACCAUCCUAUUAGGCGAUGGAUCACAAGAAGUUUUUUGUUGCCAUGGAGAUGGAAGUGAUAGAAAUAAUAAGUGGCGUAUCGAAUUAAUUGACUGAUACUAAAAUGA